CGUCACACACCGGACUCGAGUGAUCAACCCGGACUCGGACCCGCACCCGGACUCGGACCCGCACCCGGACCCGGAUCCAGCUCCGCCGCCGGCCAGAGUCAUCGGCUUGGACUGCGGUUAUGAACCUACAGGCGCUGCACUACCGGCGGGGCAGCCUGAGCGUCCUGGACCAGCUGCUGCUGCCGCACCGCAGCGAAUACCGGCCGGUCGGUGGCGUCCGCGCCGGCUGGGAGGCCAUCCGGGAGAUGAGGGUACGGGGUGCCCCAGCAAUUGCCAUCGUUGCGUGUUUGAGUCUGGCUGUAGAGCUUCAUGGGAGAAAGGACCUCGACAAGGAAUCCAUUGCAACCUUUGCUCUGGAGUCGCUGGACUAUCUCGUAACUGCCAGGCCCACAGCUGUCAAUAUGGCGAGGGCAGCUCAGCACCUAGCUGAAUUUAUAUCGCAAGAGGUCAAGCGGACAGAUUCCACUCCGGAGAACUUCAAAGAAAGUCUGAUUUGCAGAAUCGAGUCCAUGAUGGAGAAGGACAUUCACGAUAACCACAGUAUUGGAUCCCAUGGAGCUGAACACAUCUUGUCCAAGGUGGAAACGGACGAGGUGACAAUCCUCACGCACUGUAACACCGGCUCCCUGGCAACAGCAGGAUAUGGCACCGCACUGGGUGUGAUCAGAUCUCUCUGGGCUUUGGGUCGCCUGAAACACGUUUACUGCACAGAGACCCGGCCCUACAAUCAGGGGGCGAGACUGACUGCGUAUGAGCUAACCUAUGAUAAGAUCCCUGCCACACUCAUUGUGGACAGCAUGGUUUCCAUGGCGAUGAAGGAAAAGCACAUUUCAGCGGUCGUAGUGGGAGCAGACCGGAUUGUGGCCAAUGGUGACACAGCCAACAAAAUUGGCACCUACCAGCUGGCUGUUGCGGCCCACCAUCACCACAUCCCCUUCUACGUGGCAGCUCCCAGUUCGUCAUGCGACCUCAGCCUGGAGAGGGGCGAUCAGAUCGUGGUGGAGGAACGGCCUGCGGAGGAGCUUACGGAUGUUAACGGAGUUCGCAUUGCGGCACCAGUUCCUAAUGCAAGACAAUGGCGAUUUGACUCUACCUUAUUGCAAGAUCCGGACUUUAUUAAAUUUAUGAAUGAACAGAUCGACUUCUUCUUUUCAACCUACUCCACAGAAGAUAUUUCCUACGGAACACUUUGGGACACUUUUAAAGCAUAUAUACGUGGACAGAUUAUCUCUUACUCUGUUGGUCUGAGAAAACACAGAAAGAAGGAAGCUCUUUUAUUGGUUGAUAAAAUUAAAGAGAUUGACAAGAAAUAUUUAAUUACUCCCAGUAAGGAGCUUUACAAGCAAAGGGUUGAACUUCAAACAGAACAUAGUUUAUUACUUAUAUCUUCGAUUGAAAAUCAACUGAUGAAGUCCAGAUCUGAUUUUUAUAUACAUAGUGAUAAAUUGGGUAAACUGCUAACUAGUCAAUUGAAGAAUGCUUUGGUUAAACGUCAAAUUACUAAGAUCUGUCAGCAAAAUGGGGACUUGACAGUUAACCAUGAUGAGAUAAAUAAAUCAUUUCAAGAUUUUUAUACUUCCCUGUAUCAUUCUGAAUUUCCUCAGGUUUGUGGUACCAUGUGUGAUUUUCUUGGGAAAUUGAAUCUCCCAAAAUAAUCACCAGAUGAUCUUUCAAUAUUGGAAACUCCUAUGACUGAUACAGAAAUCAAAGGGGUUAUUUCUUCCAUGAAUUCAGGGAAAGCACCUGGCCCGGAUGGGUAUACAGCAGAAUUUUUAAAAUGUUUUUCCGCUACUCUCUCUCCUUGGUUAUAUAAGGUUUUUGAAGAAGCAAUUAGAUUGGGCAAUUUGCCACAAUCUUUUUAUAGAGCUUCCAUCUCUUUAAUAUUGAAGAAAGAUAAAGACCCUACUGAUUGCGCAUCCUAUAGACCAAUAUCCUUAUUGAAUGUAGAUUCCAAGAUUUUUUCUAAGUUACUUGCAUCCAGGUUGGAGAAGGUGUUACCCCAAAUUAUUUCAGAAGAUCAAACUGGUUUUUAUUAAAAAUCGUUAUUCUUUUUUAAAUGUUAGGAAAUUAUUGAAUAUUGUGUACACUCCUUCACAUAAUAUUUCAGAAUGUGUUAUUUCAUUAGAUGCGGAGAAAGCAUUUGACAGAGUUGAAUGGCCAUACUU